GACUACCGGCAUGCCCCGGAACCGGAAACGGCUGUGAUGUUAUGAUGCUCUAGGAGGGCUGCCGAUCGGGAAACGAGCAAGAUGGAUGUCUGGAAGGGUGCAGGAUUGGGUGGAAGACGGUUUGGAUCUGCUCCUCAGAAACCUGUGAAACCAAGCGAUUAUAUCCAGUACCAAGAGGAGCUUAUAGAGAAGAAAAAGCGAGAGAUUGAGGCCAAAAUCAAACAGCAAGCUCAAAAAGUUAUUCCAAGUACUCCAGUUCAAGGCCCAGCUUCUGCAAGCCCAUCUUCUUCAUCCACCUCGAACAAAUUUGCAAAUGAUGGAAGCUUUUUACAACAGUUUCUUAAAUUACAGAAGCAAAAGACGGGCCCUGAAAACUCGGCAACACGUUCGAGUGGAAAUUCAACGCCAGCUCAGAAGAAGCCUGUACUUAUAGGAAAGCGGCAUGUGUCCUCUAUGGAAAGCGUUCUAAACCCAGUGAAGUCCUAUUCUCAAACGAAGCAGACUCCAAAAGUGACCAGAAACAGCGUUUUUAAGUCCCCAGAUGAUGAUGACGAUGAUGAAGAGGACUAUGAGCAGUGGUUAGAGAUAAAAAUUUCACCCCCAGAGAACUCGGAAAUCCGAAAGGUGGUGGAGCAGUUGGCUCGAUUUGUAGCGGAAGGGGGCAAAGAUCUUGAAAAAAUGGCAAUGGAGGAUUACAAAGAUAACCCAGCGUUUGCGUUUCUCCAUGAUCAGAACAGCCCGGAGUUCCUGUAUUAUAGGAAGAAGCUGGCAGAGUGUAAGCAGGAUUUUCAGAAUCGAGAGAAAGUUGCAUCCCGUAAUGUGCCAGAAGACGAAGAAAUUAAGAUGUUUGCAGAGAAGUUGGCCAGAUAUGUAGCAGAUGGAGGUCCAGAAGUGGAAGCCAUUGCCCUGCAGAAUAACAGGGAAAACCCUGCCUUUAGGUUUUUGUAUGAUACAAAUGGUAAAGGUUACCAGUAUUAUAAAAUGAAGGUAGAAGAAUUUAGACGAGCAAAGAAAUCCUCAGCUGACUUUACUGAAGAACCUGAACUCAAGCGACGGUUUGAGCCAGAGUCUAAAUCUACUGUAAUGCCUACCCCUGAAACCUCCUCCUCAUCAUCGUCAUCAGCUUCACCAUUACAGCAACCCACACAGCAGACCACUGCAAAAAGGAAAAGAAAAAGUCGAUGGGGUCCUGAAGAGGAGAAGGUUGAUGUGCCUGCUUCAUCUGUGAUUGAGCCCCCUGAUACAAGCCUUCUUUCUGAACAGGAUUUGAAAGGUCUGGGAUAUGAUAAAGGAAAACCAGUGGGGCUGGUGGGAGUAACAGAGUUGUCAGACGCCCAGAAACAACAGCUGAAAGAGCAGCAGGAGAUGCAGCAAAUGUAUGACAUGAUAAUGAAACACAAGAAAGCCAUGCUGGAUAUGCAAUAUAUGUGGGAGAAAGCUAUGAAACAGCACCAACAUGAUUAUGAUAGUGAUGAAGAUGUGGAUAAUGAGUUUGGAACCUGGGAGCAUCAGCUGAGACAUAUGGAAAUGGACAAAACAAGGGAAUGGGCAGAACAACUUACUGAAAUGGGACGAGGGAAACAUUUCAUUGGAGAUUUCUUGCCACCGGAUGAGCUGGACAAGUUCAUGGAAACCUUCAAAGCACUAAAAGAGGGACGUGAGCCAGACUAUUCAGAAUAUAAGGAAUUCAAAAUUACUGUGGAGAACAUAGGCUACCAAAUGCUUAUGAAGAUGGGAUGGAAGGAAGGAGAAGGCUUGGGUUCUGAUGGCCAAGGAAUCAAGAAUCCUGUGAACAAGGGAUCUACGGCAGUUGAUGGGGCUGGUUUUGGCAUAGAUCGCCCAGCAGAAUUAUCAAGGAGUGAUGAUGAAUAUGAAGCUUUUAGGAAAAGGAUGAUGCUUGCAUACCGUUUCCGACCUAAUCCACUGAAUAACCCAAGACGUCCCUACUACUGAUGGACCCAUGAAACGUAUGUUGAACUCAUCCACGUCUGAAGUGUACUGUGUCCAUCUUGUUUGCGGGCUGUUAGAACCUAUAUGUCAAACUGUGUACAGGAAUACUUGAUCUAUUCCAGCAGGAACUGAACCCUGGAUGACUACACAGCUGUAUCCCAGUUUACCCUCACACUGUUGACGCUUUCCUUGAAAAACAUGAAUUUAAUAAACAUCUUUUUAACUCCUGAA